AUGAUCUCAACAGAUAGGGUGUCUGCCGAUUGGCCCUCGAUCUCUUCCGAAAGCGAGAUCACAACAUCAACAAAAAACGUAUACUACAAAGAAAAGCUAGCUCCAUGUCACUUACAGAGGUCAGCAAAUCAGAUAGGGUUUCUAGAUUUGGAAGGCUGUCGAAAAGGGGCGAAUUUUCGAUCGGAUUCGCCCUAUAAAGACAAAGUUGUGAUGCGCAAACCAAACCUCUCGGGAGAAAGGUCUGAGGAAUUAAACGAAUCUUCGCUCAUGUCUGCGGAAUUUUUAAAUGCCGCAAUGGAUUGUAGAAUCGAGGGGUGGCCAAUGGUCAAGCAUAUCUUUGCUGAGCAAGAGCUCAGGCAAGCAUCAUCUAAAAACGGAAAGGCUAAAAGUACUUUCAAAAGACUUGAUGAUGGUCGAUGCAAUGGAGGGGCAGUCGAUUGGAAGCGUGAUCAGCGUCCUGGGGCCAACAAGAUCGUCCUGGAUCCAGUUUUCAAGAGAACGACUGAGCAUGAUCACGUCCGGGCUUGA